AGUUACACCCAAUGAAUGACGUCAGGUGCGUACGUGCAGUGCGCGUUCUAUGUCGUGCGGAAGAACACGCGUGUAGCUUGCUCCGAAAGGAAAAUCCUGGAGAGCGACAUAACGAUGAUGCGGAACAACAUCGUGAGUGUGUUGUGUUGCGUGUUGCUGGUGUUUGCCACGACAGGUACUGAGGCGAUACGCUGUUAUCAAUGCAGCUCUGAUAUGGAUGCAAAGGGCGAGGACCUUUGUGGGGCCUACGCGAAUUUCGACAAAGAGAGGAAUGUGCCUAUCGAGUGCAACAGCGAGGAAUCGCACAUGCCCGGUACAUUUUGCGUUAAGUACACCGAGCAGAGCCCACGUGGUUUCAUCUGGGACGGUAGAUGGCGACAGGUGAUCCGACGAUGCGCCUCCGUCGCCAGUACCGGAGUCACAGGGGUUUGUAACUGGGGCGUUCGCGAGAACGGUGUUUACUGGCAGGAAUGUUAUUGCUCCGAGGACGCAUGCAAUGCAGCAUCCGGUCCGGUAUCCUUCACCACCUUGCUUCUCAUGGCAUGCAGCGCUGUCGUUACGCUAUUUUAUUUUAAGUGAAAGACAAGUUUUCAGGGUCUCAAGUCUUUAAAAGACGAAGAUACAAAUAAGAAAAAUAUUAACGAUUAAAAAGAAAUCGUUUAUGAAGUCAUAAGAAGAGAGAAGUUUAAAUUAUAUAAUUAAAAUGAGCCGGGAAAUGAUAGCGGAGAUAUAUUCUCGAAGGAUUUUAGAAUUGGUUUCUUCUUAACAAAAUUUUGAUUAUAGAAGCCAUUAUUACAAUAUUUUUCGUUUUUCUCUUCAUUAAAUUUCUCUUUAAAGACCACUUUCAAAUAAUUAAAAAAGGAAAAAAAUUGUAUAUAUUUUAAAAAAUCAUGAGUUUUUUACUUUUUAAAAUUUUCAAUAUUUAAUACGCAAUUUUUGAUAUAGAUAAUAAUCAAAUUUUAUCGUUAGAUAAAAAUCGACUCUGGAAUUACCAAAAAACAUAUUGUUAUAUUUUCGGUCUCAGUUUGAUAAAAGAGAGUCAACUUGUAGAUACUUUAAAUAAUAUAUCCGUCCAUAUGCGAUAUAUUAAUAGAUCUCGCAUUCUCGUUCAUGUAUAUAGUUUAAGUGAUACAUCCGUCCAUAUUUGGCAUUGUUAAGAAAUGCCAUGAGAUGUGAUUCAUUUAUAAUGUAAUUAAAUUAAGAUGACUAAUUAAUUAUAUUUGACUAUAGAUGACUAAAUGGAAGUUAAUUCAGCGAAAAUAAUAGAUCUAUUUAUUAUUGCAUUCCGAAAGAAAAUUUUAUGUAAAAUUAGUACAAAAGAGUAAUAAGAACAAUAAUCAGCAUAAGAUAAACUGUUAAUUUUUUUAUUUCAUCGUUUUAAUGCAAUAAUAUAUCUAUUCUCGCCGAAAAUUGAAGUACGCAAAAGUGCUUUUUUAUGAAAAAGUAGUGUUCAAUUGUUUUUAAUCUAUUUAGAAUAAUACGUCGAUUAAAAUGUUGAAUUUAGAGUAACGACGAGUUAAAUCGUAUGUAUUUUACAAUGUAUUUUACACACAUGAUCAUUAUAGAACACUAUCUUUGUUAAGUAUUACAUUAUUAAAUAGUUCACGAUUUUGUUAAUUACGAUCUUAAAACAGAUCAUUACAAUUUUUUACUGUAGUUUAAUUAAUUUAUUAGAGAAACCCGCAUCAUAAAUUAAGAAUCUCAUAUAAUUAUUUUAUGAUACUUAGCACGUUGUUACCUUAAAUCCUUCGAAUUAUAUCUAUAUUUGUCAUACAAUCUUUGAAAUUUUGAAAUUUUAUAUUUUUCUAUGUAAAAACGCGUAUAUUGUGUAACUAAAACAAAAUAGAUUUAUUAUAUAAUUCAAUUUUAUACUUCUUUAUUAUUAUAUAUUAAUAAAAAAUGUACGUAAAUGUAACACGUAAACAUGCAUUUUAAUUAAAUAAAACUUUUAUUAC